UGCAAUCCCAGUUUCGGGUUUAGCCGACGAAUCAAAGUCCCCAGGCCAUGCUUGUGAGAGAGAAGAAGCGAUGACAACUUACGAGAGAUUUCGCCAUAGAAACAGGGAAGUGAUAGCGGAGUGCUUCGGGACCAUGAUCCUUGUGGCAUUCUCCGAUGGUAUUUCUUCCCGAGUGCUUCUCUCAAAGUCUGGCGGUCUAACAGAUAUUUCAUCGUCGGCAGCGUCCGCCCUUAUGCUAGGAUACAUGGUUUCCGGCGGAGUUUCCGGAGGGCAUAUGAACCCAGCGGUCACAUUGGCCUCUGCUGUUUACAGAGGCUUCCCGAAGAGAAAGGUCAUUCCUUACAUGUUGGCCCAGUUAUUGGGUGGAUUCAUCGGCUCUCUACUAGUGUAUGGUAUAUACAUCCAGUCGAUAAACAAUUUUGAAGGAGGGGACGGCAUCAGAACUGUUUUUGGAGAAAACGCCACGGCAAGUGUAUUCUCUACAUUCCCACAGCCAUACUUGUCCACCCGAGGCCAGUUCACGUCGGAGCUUACUUGCACAGCUUUCUUGCAGAUUGGCAUUUUCGCUUUAACCGAUCCAUACAAUGCCCCCGCGGGUGACUUGUUUCCCUUGGCGUUAUGGGUUUUGAUGUACGCGGUGGGAUCUUGCUUCGGGUUCCAGACCGGGUUUGCUCUUAAUAUCGCCAGAGACCUUGCCCCAAGGGUUGCUGCUGUGGCUGUUGGUUAUGGUAGCGAAAUGUUCACUGCAUACGACGCCUAUGCUUGGGUUCCAGUGGUUGCUCUGCUUGUUGGUUCCUUAGUUGGGGGUGGUUUGUAUGAUUUGUGCAUCUACAGAGGUAAGGACUCACCAGUAAACCAGCGCAAUUUUGGCUUCUCUCGCCAAAUGUUAUGCUUUUCCAAGAAAGCCCCCACUAGGGUUUAAGACCCACGAGAAAUAUUCCAACACAAACCUUGGACGUGUAUACAGUGUGGUUUACUCCGUACCAGUGCACACACUUGCAUUUUGCAUUGAGGCUUAACCCUCUUGCCUUUCAAUAGAAUUUAUAUAACGCAUGAAGGUCAGAUUCCUAGAAGUGAAGCCAAAAAUUUCAGAGGGAUCCGAACCGCUGCUACGAGCAUGCCAGAUUGGUAGAGAAGGAUUGGUAGCACAUACCUCCACUUCUGACUUCUCCACAUCGCCUCAACUUUCGGAUGUC